UGGAGCUAGGUAAACAAACUGGGAGGAGUGAACACAGGCAGCAGCAGGGACUUUGCAGGCUUUGGGCUUUCGGUGGAAAUGUUAUGUAGUUUAUAUCCAUUUUGUAAAAUUUUUAACUCUUUUUCCUGAAUACUUUUAAUACUUUGCUACACUCGUUUUUCGAUUUUUUAACGGCUGAAAAACUGACUGAAUAGGCUGCAGCUAGCUAGCUGUGUUGUAUAAGACUAGGAAUAUUUUUUUCGACAAGGCUUUUAAUUCCAGAUCCAGCAAACAAAUUAGCUAACAAACAAGACAUUUCUGAAGUAACGUUUUGUGUUAUACUCAACGAGGAACAAUUAUUCCGAUUUUGGAUCGUGAAACGCAAUAAUACCUGUCUUUGAAAUAGUAUCACAAGUUGUAGAAACGUUUAGCUAACGUUCGCUAGCUCUAGCAGAAUGACGGCAGUGCAGUUGAUGAACAUCCAGAGGUUAUUGGAAGCAGCAGAAUAUCUAGAAAGGAGGGAGAGAGAGUGUGAACACGGAUAUGCAUCGACGUUUCCGUCGUCCAUUCAGAACACGAACUACCAGAGGCAAAAGAAAUUUCGAAACAAGAAGUUCCACAAUAACCAUAACAGGUCCACACAUAAUGAGUUGGAGAAAAACAGACGAGCCCACCUGCGUCUGUGUUUGGAGAGGUUGAAGGCCCUCAUCCCUCUGGGAAAAGACUGUAACCGCCACACCACCCUGGGGCUGCUCAACAAAGCCAAAUCACAUAUUAAGAAACUUGAAGAGGCGGAACGUAAGAGCCGUAACCAGCUGGACAGUCUGGAGAGGGAGCAGAGGCACCUCCAGCGCCAGUUGGACCUGCUGCAGGGGGGCACUGGGGCCGGGGUAGGAGGCACUGGGCCGGGGGAGGGAGAGAGGAUACGCAUGGACAGCGUGGGCUCCACCAUCUGCUCCUCCGAGCGCUCCGACUCUGACCAAGAGGAGAUUGAGGUGGACGUGGAGUCUACAGAGUUCUCGGAGCACGGGGAGCUGGACUCGGUUUCUACGGCCUCCACCAGCGAUCUAGACGACCACAGCAGCCUCCAGAGUCUAGCCAGCGACGAGGGCUACUCCAGCUGCAGCAUCCUCAAACUCUCCUCAGCCUUCUCAGGAUCCUCCUCAUAGGAGAUGGCUGUUGGGUGUAGACUCCUCUCCCCCGGCUCCAAUCUGCAACCUCGGGGGCUCCACCAACAUCCAAAGUCCAACCACCUGAACCUUGCCAGUGGCGAAGGUUACGAGAGCGAACGUUACUCCAGUGUCCUCGUCAAACUCGCCGCCUUCUCCGACCGGCCAAUUAGAGUUGUCUCCACCCCCGGCUCCAACCUGCAAAAACCUUGGCCUUCAAACUCCAUCCACCUGUUGUGUAUCGUCAUGUAACCCAUCUACAUGUAUCAUCGCCGACUACGCCAUCGCCAUGGCAUCCCUCAAGUGGCGCCCUGACGUCCUUCUAACUUCCUGCCUUUUCAGGCAACUACUUCCUGUCUGUAACCCCUCCCCUUCGCACCAUCCGUCGCUUUGCUCCAACUCGCUGCUGAACCAACAACCCACAGUCCGAGAUGAACCCCCCUUGGAACCCCUCAACCCACCCUCCGUCCCAAGCAGAAGGUCCAACCCCCCGCCUCGUCCUGAUUAACAGGUACAUGAAGAACAGAGAUGGAUCCAAACACAGAACCAACCAACCUUUAUUUUGAUGAUCUGAAUAAGAGCAAUGGUUUUAAAUUAGAUUUUUACUUGAGUGGCUUUAUGAAUGGUUGAAAAUGAAGAUGAAAAAUGAUUUAUUUUCACGAAUAAGCUGGGAUCAGCAUUAUCUUGAUUUUAUUGCAGACAUAAUCGAAGGGAAUAGAUCUCUUUUUUUAAAUCAAACAAUUGAUUAAGUUAUUUUAGAACAAAAAAACAACCCCAUAUUUUAGCAUCAGAAAUGCACUUAAAUUUCUAAUAUAUAUUAGAAUGUUUUAUGAUGAGUUUUAUGAGUUUUAAAACCCUGUUUGGUUCUAUGUGUUUGCGUGUUUGCUCUGGUCUUGUGUGCGAAGUCAAGUGAAUGUUCUGCUAGAAUUAAAAACAAAUUUGGGAACAAGUUGUAAUUUGGACACAGACUGUGGAAUGUCAAGAAGUCUACAUGCCAUAUCAACACAUUUUGGCCCUUGAACGACGUCCUUUUCAUUUUAAAUUCCUUGUCUUUGUGGUUUUUUUUACCACUGCGCAACCACACCACAGCAUCCAACAGACACUUGAAAUGGUGCUACGUGAAACAACAACAACAACAACAACAAACCCAUCAACAACGCAGAUCAAACGCUUGUACAACCAACAAUCCUUGUCUGCCAUGUCAUACAGGACGUUUCCAUCCAAACGAAUGGAGAAAAAAAAAAUACAUGCAUUAUAUACAUUCCCAUGGAACGUGGGUGGUGCUCGAUGUGGAAAUAAAUCUUAAAAUGUGUUUUUACAACAAAGCAGCUACCACAACAAGCUAUCCUGCACUUGCCUACCCUAUAGCUGUCUAUAGAAACAAAUCGGCACAAUUUAAAAAGAAAGAAUGCUAAGGAACUUUGGACUAUAGAGACAACAUCAUCCUUUCUCUCUAUCCAGCAGUAACAAGCAAUAACUAUUUCUAGUAGUUUUCUGAUUUUUUUUUCGACCAUUUGAGCUCCUCCUGUUUUUUCCCCACUCUUUUCCAAGGCAACAGACCUGUGGCCGUCCAAAAAAGCUAAUUCAACUUGCUUUGUUUUUUGUACAUAAUUAGAUAGCUUACAAAUAGCUUAAUAAAUGAACAAUGAUAAAAGGAGUGUAAAAAAAAAAAGUAGAAAACUUGUGGAUAGAAAAAAACUAUUGCCUCUGUUGCUGUUUUUGACCUUGUGUUUUUGUGCAUUUUAAAUUAUAUUUUUGAAAAGAUUUAUUCUACUUAUUCUCUCAGAGUGUGACUGGCAAGCAGUCAGUCAGUCAGUCGUCGACGUGGCAAGGAUUGGACAGUAUUGCUUUGUUCAUUUUGCUGGUUGAAACGUUCAAAAGUUACCAUUCUGUAGCUGUCCCCCUCUCCCCCAAGAGGAGAAGUUACACUUCACAAUACUUAACUUAAAGUUCAAGACACAACAACAAGAGAACAACAACUAUAUGGCUGUAAUACAAAAUGGCCGCCACCCCAGGACUUCUUCUGUUCAUAAAUAAAGAGUUUGGGUGGCACUCUUAUUUUUUCAAAUGUGUUAGUUUUUUACUUUUAUUUUGAAAAACCUAUAUGGCAUUCCACUGGUGGUAUCUCGUGAGCUGUGGUAGAACUCGAGUCUGAAGUGACAACACCAAGGUUUAUGAUGAUGUCAUUGACUGUGUGUGUACAUCCUUAGCCCUUGUUACUGAGGCGAACCCAACUUGCACUUUGAAAAGUCUUGUUUUCCACUGGUAUUCACGUAUCUCUUCAUAUGAAAGAACAAUCCCCCCCUGACCCUUGAGUUUUUUAAAAGUUUAUAUAUUUAUUAGCCUAUUUCUCCAUCCCUCACAGAACCAACACAGAAAAAAAAAAAAAGUUAACUUAUUUUGUUUCUGUCUUAUCUUAUUAUUCUCCUCCUUUUUUAUGUUUUUAAGUGAAACAAUGUCUGUCCCAAAUGGCACCCUGUUCCCUACAUAGUGCACUACUUUUGACUAGACUCUGUCAAAACUAGAGCACUAAGCAGGGAAUAGGGUGCCAUUUGGGACAAAGACAUUGGUGAAUCGUAGUGAAAUCAGUCGGGAUACCAGGCUAAUGUUUUUCCAUUAUUUUCUGUUUUUGUUUUAUUAGCCGGACACUUGAAAUGUAAUCAGCCCCCAAGCUGCUCCCAGUACUGAGCCUUGCCUCUUAUGCAUCCACGGUCGAGUUCCAAACUGACCCCAAGCUGUAUGGUCAUUUCUUCUCCUUUUCUGAUAGGCUGGGUGGAGUUUUUGUCGUAACAGUUUACACCUAUCCAAUUAUCCUAGAAUUACCCCUAGGAGGGGAUGGGGUGUAGGUUCAAGGGGUUGAUUUUGGACUCAGCCUACAAUAGCCAAGUCUAAUUGGCAAAUACUGAGCCAGCUACUAUACAAAAUGGGGGCUAACUAACUCCACACUCCUUUAGUAGGAGGACAAGUAGUAGUCUUUACUAGACUAUGUUUUAGUCAACAAAAUGUGUCUUGCAUUUACAAAAAGCCUCAGAUUAAUAUUAUUGAGAACAAAAGCCUAUGGUUUCAAUGAAGGACAUCAUUUAAGGUGUAAAGUUAGUGUAAUCUUGCAGGAUUUCAUGAUCUCAUCUCUCGAGAGACUUGAUUGGAUCAUUGGACGAUGGUGCUUUCUCGAUAUAAACAAAUAAGCCAAACAACCUCAGAACACCAACAGUGUCCUCUUCUUUCACAGGGGGGCAGAUUACUUCACUCUUCCCACAUUCAUUUACACCUUUAUCGUCUAUCGCUUUUAGUUUGUCUUUUUUUUAAAACUUGCACUAUGAGUAAAAAAGGGCCCAUAUUUAAUGAAAAACAGUGUUUUUCCCCAAUACCCUCUCUCUCUUUUGUGUGUGUUGUCUGGUGUCCUUAGGGCGGCCAUAUAAGAGAUACCUGCUUUUGGCUGUGUAUGGCUAGCAGGAUGUUGUUAUAUCCAGAGUUGGGGUCAAUUCUAACUCAAUUCCUAUCUGUUGAGUUCAAGAUGGGAAUUUCUUACCUGGUAUCCAAACUGAAUACACACUCCAUUUCGCGGAUGGAAUUUAGAUGGAAUUGACGUCCACCCUGAGUAAUGUCACUCCAGUGUACUAGGUAUUGGUCUUAUAGACACCGACUCGAAGGGAGAAUGAAUAGCCUGGGUCCCAUAUCUGUUUGUGCUGUCUUUCCAACUCCUAUGGUCAUUCUGGUCAAGACAGCACAAACAGAUCUGGGAACCAGGCUAAAGCAGAAUGGGUCAAAGUAGAUACAGCUAUUCCCACCUCCAAACAAGACAGACCUAGCCUGGGUUCAACCAGCAUUCAGUCUGGUUUAACCAGGCUAUAGGACAGACUAUAGUCCCCUUGUUGUUCAGAUGAACUCUGUGGCCAUCAAUCCUUUGUAGAACAUGCUCUCUGAUGAUGAUGAUGAUUCUCGCUGUGUAAGUUUGAAAAUGCAAUACUUACAAUAAAACACCAAGAUUGUCAAACCUGAA